AUGGAAUGCUGAAAGCAAGGUUGCAAAAAUAAAGUCAAAGUUCUCUGUAAAUGUGUGGAUCCUGCCCUCUACUCUUGCAUAAUCCACAUUUAUAAACAUGUUCAAACUACUUCUAUUGAAGAGCACAAGCUGGAACCAUUAAAAUUAAAACUAAAUCAAAAAUAUAAAGAAGCCCUAAUUGAAGAGUUGCAUAAAUUAUCAAAAGAAUUACUUGAAAUAUAGCCCCUGCAGUUUAAUAGAUCAUUAUUGGUUAUCCGUUUUAAUUUUUAAAUUAAAUUCGUCCUUGUCAAUUUUUUAAAAGUUCAAACAAAAAUAACAAAUUUCCAUUUAUGGCUUUAGGGUAUCUAAUGAGUAUAGACUUGAUAAGGCAAGCGUCAUGGGCAAUUUUUUUUAGUUGGUAUGCUGACUAGCCAUACUAGCCUAUUAUGGCACAUUAGCGAUAAAAGAAAACUUAAUAAAAGAAACAUACAAGAAAAUACAAGAAUUAAAAUUGUCACUUAUUAAAGCACUAGAAAAUAUUGAUAAAAUAAGAAUAAAUCAAGCUGAUUUAAUUAGAAAGAUUUGCUCAAUAAAAAAGUUACCAAAAAUAAGUCAAAAUCCGCUUGAAAAGCUAUUAAGCUUAGACCCAGAUAGUGCACGAAAAAUGUUGGAUGAGUUUGGGUGCAGUUUUAAUCGUUCCGAUUUUGAAUUCAACAAAGAUGACAGGAUCGAUAUUUUUGAAAACAAUGAAAUUGUAUACUUCUUUAAAUAUUUUUUUAUUUUUAUAGCAUAAUCUAAAAUAUUUGUAAUCGCUAAAGAGUGGUUUGCUUAAAAGUAGAAAGCUAAAAUAAUUAAACAAUGAUUAAUAUUUUUGUGAGACAUAUUUUUUAGGACUAAUACAAAAAUCUCAGUUAGAGUAAAUUUGACCAAUUAUUCAAAGUCUGAGAAACAGAUAGACAGUCUCCAAAAUAAUGUUAGUCAACCCCAAAAUAUUUCUAUGUGUCUUCUUCCAGAUAAAUCUAUAUUUUGCUAUGGUAAUUAUCCUGCAUCAGGAACAACAUUUAGAUUUUAUCAAAAUAGCACUAUUAAGCAGCUUUCAGAUGGAGAUCCAUCAAAUGGUAUGGGUGCUCUGUAUCAUGAUGGCUUUAUUUACUUAUUUGGAGGAUGAAAUGCUGCAGAUAAAGCAUGGAAUCAAGCAGCAAAAUAUGAAUUAUCAACUGAUAAGUGGUAUUAUCUCAGAGAAAAAUUUGCUAUAUACUUUUGGUAUAAAGUUUUCUAUAUUGAGUAUUAUUAUAGUUCUGAAUUUAUUAAGAUGAUGAAAUAAAGAAGAAAAAAUUUUAAUAGAGAAUAUAAAAUUUGCCCUCUGAAAGAAAAUCUAAGCCGCGUUUUAUGUAUUGCAGGCAAUGAUGGAAUCGCAUUUGUUGGCUAUGAAAGUAGCAAACUAUAUUCGUAUAAUCAUAAGCAAGGUAUUUAUAAUGAAAUUUAUCUCAACUUUGCAACUAAUACUUAUAAAGUAUUACUCCAAGCUGAAAAUCGAGUAUUUUUAAUCGAAUCCUCAAAAAAUAUAUAUGAAAGUGAGCCAAAUCAACUAACUCCCCCCCCUCCGUGAGUGAACAAAACCAUUAGAAAAAUCCCUAUUUUUUGCCCAAAAACCCAAGUGAACCAAAAUGUUUUUAAUAGAAAAAAUUUUUAUAAAAAGAAAUUUUGAUAUAUAAGUGAUAAUUAGUAUAAUGAAAUCUCGAGCUAAUUCUGCUUAAUUUUAAACAAAUUGCUUUUUAAAACAUAAAUUUUAUAUAUUUGCUUCCCAUUUUUUUCAAAUUAGGAUUUUUUUAAAAUUUCGAAAAAAAAUUUUUUCUAAAAUUUAUAUAAAAAAAAAAAAUUAACCUCCGUUAGUGAACAAAAAUUUUUUUUGUUCACUCAUGGAGGGGGGUAGUAAGCAAUUGGAAAAUUAUAGAAGCAUCGCAGAUUAGCUAUGGUUGCAGAGCAGCAUACCAAGUUUAUUUCAAUCAAAGUUGCUAUUUCAUAGACAAGGAUUGCAGAAUAUAUAAAUUUGAGAUGAAGAGCUUGCAAUUAACGAUGACUCAGUUAUAA